AUGACACUUGAGAAGUCUUUGAGUUCUGUAAUUUUCUUGUUAGCUAUCUAUUUCGAAGCAUGUUCAUCACUUGGGAAUAACAGCAUUGUAAUAAAUAAUGUUUGCAUUGAGUACCGUAAAAACGUGUCGAUAUACGUUAAGAAUAUAAUAUACAAUAUGUCAACGAAAACAGCGCCUGUUUCCUUUUGUGGUUGGUGUAGUGAAACUGUGUAUAAAUUAAAAAAAGUCAUAGAAGAGCAAGAGGCUUAUAGUGCGAAUGGGGAGGCAUGUGUUGAUCUCCUGGCGAAUACAGAAAGGGGUACAAUAGAUUCUAUCGACUUCAUUUUCGAUAAAUGGAAUCGUUCCUUCUGCUCCCAUUGUCUUGAAGAAUUUUAUUCCGAUCAAAACAUCAGUAUACCAGCGGAUUCUUUCAAUAACAUAGAACGGCCUACACGUCUUCUAUACACGGAUUCUCUAUACAACUUGCAAGUCUACAGUAAAAACGUGCGUACAUUCUUCGAAAAGCUUGAUGAUGCUUUGAGUUGUUUCAUGCAGUUCAUCAACAAUCCCAACAUAUCCAUUCUCAAUGUAUUAAAUUUCCCUUCGUCUAGCACCUUAAAUAUCAGUUCGACGGUUUGUCGAAAUUGUUCAGCAGCGUAUUAUAGUCUCUUAGAUUACUACACUAAUAAUCUCCUAAGAUAUAGCUCUCUAGAAGGAGGGCAUCAAAAUUCACUCAUGAAAGAACACUCUGGUCAUCGUUUCGCUGUAUGUUUGGACGUACAAAAUGCCAUAAAUCGCACACAAUGGGCUUGGUACAACUUAUUUCGGUGCCGAACGGAGGAAGUUAGUCAUAUUGGCUUCUUCUUACCAUUAAUAGUUUGUGUCACAUUCCUCGUAGUUUUUCAUUGUCUCGCUCAAUCAGUAUGUCGUUAUCCCGUCCAUCUACUGGUAUACAGGCCAAAACGUGUUGAACCUACUGUUAGAUGUCAACGAAUUCUUAGCACAGCCUCGAUUUCGCGUGGGCAAAUGUCACUAGUCCGGUCUUAUGGGAGCAUUGGAUCUGUGGAAGAUAAUACAAUAGAUUCUAACCUAAUUGCAAAGACAUACUCACAAUCUGAUUCGCUAUUUGAUAAUCGCACAGUGGUAAUCCGGACAUAAUCCGGAGACUUACAACAUAUUCCUUGCUAGAUAAAACAAGCUAAGUGUCUUUCACACAAUGAUUUCAUAUUUGUCUAUAUUUUUGCACAAUCAAGAAAUUGUCCAACCG